GGGGAUGCACUAACCCAUUGUAGCCCCUUCUCUCUCUCGCGCUCUCAGUCUCUCUCUUGAAUGCACGCAUUGGGCUAGGGUUUUAGCAGAUCCGAAAAACAUUCGACAGCCAAAACGUCAAGUUUUAAUUGAGAGCAUAGCCAAGCCCUUGUCCGAGGGGCUGCUGUGUUCCAGUGGACUGAAUAAAAACCAAACACUACUCUGGUUUUUGCCUUUUUACUACCAAUGGGGGAUGCAGAAAACCUUCAACCAUCUAAAAAGAGAGCUGCUGGAGUCCAACUAUCUCGUGAUAACCCUGGUCUGGAUGACGAUGAACCGGAACAAGAGGCAGGAACUUUUAAGAAAGCAAGUGAUGAUGUUUUGGCCAAAAGAAGAAUAGUGAAAGUACGUCGCCCUCAGAUGUCAACUCCAGCUGCCCCACCUCCAUCUGCUUCUAAUCCUUUUGCUGCCAUCCAGUUGGUACCGCUUACUUCAUCUGCUCCUUCACAGGUAGAGGCACACAGUGGUCAGAGUAAGGAAACUGAGCAAAUUGAUGAGAGUAAAUCUGAAAAUAAGGUUGACGAACCAUCAAGAGACGAAUCUAUCAAGGAGGAAAAGUCUGAUGUCAAUGAUGACAACACUAAGCAAUCUGAAAAUAAGGUUGAUGACUCAAAUGCUCAACCAGAUGAUAAUGUUGUUGUACAAGAGAAGGAUAACUCUGUGGUAGAAGAAGUUGUGGUAAGUGGGAACGGCGGGGAUGAGGCGACAAUUCCUACAGAAGCUGAUACUGUUGAGACACAAACAGGGAAGGAUGAAAAAGAUAAUGGAGAUGACAAGGAGAAAGAGAAUGAGGCAACUGCAGAAAAGAAUGAAGAAGCUGUCCCAUUUAGCUCAUUUCGACAACUAUCAAGUAACCAAAAUGCUUUCUCUGGUCUUACUGGAACAGGGUUUUCUAGUCCCUCAUUCUCAUUUGGAUCGAUCAAUAAAGAUGGUACUGCCCCAAAGAGUGACAGUACUACAACCUUUAGUUUUGGUGUUUCUAAUAAUGGAAGCUCUUCUAUUUUUGGGAGCUCUGGGGCAAGUAGCAUCAGUAAGAGUGAGGGCAACAAAUUUCCUCCCAUGCAGGAGGUUCCUAUUCAAACUGGAGAGGAGAAUGAGAAUGCUGUUUUCACUGCUGAUUCUAUUCUUUUUGAAUAUAUUGACGGAUCUUGGAAGGAACGGGGGAAGGGGGAACUGAAGGUCAACGUUUCCACAACAGGGACAGGAAAAGGCAGACUUGUUAUGAGGGCCCGAGGAAAUUAUCGUCUAAUUCUCAAUGCUAGUCUUUUUCCAGACAUGAAGCUUACAAAUAUGGACAAGAAAGGCAUCACUUUUGCCUGCGUGAACAGCGCUGGUGAGGGGAAAGACGCUCUUUCAACAUUUGCCUUGAAAUUCAAGGAUCCUUCCAUAGUUGAAGAUUUUCGAGCAGAAGUCACCAAGCACAAAUCUACUGCCCCAGUUGCACUGAGAACCCCAGAAAAUUCUCCCAAGGCUGAUGAAUGAUGAGCAUCUUUUUCUCUACUUGUCGAAAAUUUGUGAAAUGCCUACCUCCUCCAAUUUCGCGUCUGUUGUGCUAGGAGACAUGUAAAAUGGGAGUUUGUGUUCGUUUAUGCGUCGUUAGUCUGUGAUAGACCUUGAGAAGUAUCUUGUUUUUGGGUCAAUGUACCUGGCUGGGCUCACUGAUUAUGCUAUAUGUUAAUUCUUGAGACUUGAAAGUGAGAUUUUCCCACAGUUUAUUGAACUCCUUUAAAUGAUGACAUAACGUUUAGUACCA